AUGUGUGACGGGAAUUGGUACUCUCGCCAUCCUUUUGGCGAGGAGACGCUAUGCGAGCUUCGCGAUGCUGCUCACGCCAAUGUGGAGGGGAAGAAGCUUCUGGGAAAGAGGACUUUGCAGGAACUGGCAAAGCAGGUGGAUGCGCGCAUGCAGCUGGACCCCGAGGUGGAGGAGGUGCUGCUCGACCUCGCCGACGACUUCAUCCAAUCCGUGACAGCGUUUGGCUGUCAGCUGGCGCGGCAUCGCAAGUCGCAGGUGUUGGAGGCCAAAGACGUUCUGCUGCACCUCGAGCGCAGCUGGCACAUGCGCAUCCCUGGCUUCACGGGUGACGAUUACCGCGUCUACAAGCGCCCUGUCAGUGCUCUUCCUGCGCCCUCUCAGUGCUCUUGCCGCGCCCUCUCAGUGCUUUUGCUGCGUGUCGCACAUAGAACCGAACUGCACUGCCCCUGUCAAUGUGUCACUGUACCGACAUGCCUCAUCCUGUCCAUCACGGCAUGGCAUGCUGCUCACCUGCGCCUCAUCCUGUCCAUCAUGGCAUGGCAUGCUGCUCACCUGCGCCUCAUCCUGUCCAUCAUGGCAUGGCAUGCUGCUCACCUGCGCCUCAUCCUGUCCAUCAUGGCAUGGCAUGCUGCUCACCUGCGCCUCAUCCUGUCCAUCAUGGCAUGGCAUGCUGCUCACCUGCGCCUCAUCCUGUCCAUCAUGGCAUGGCAUGCUGCUCACCUGCGCCUCAUCCUGUCCAUCAUGGCAUGGCAUGCUGCUCACCUGCGCCUCAUCCUGUCCAUCAUGGCAUGGCAUGCUGCUCACCUGCGCCUCAUCCUGUCCAUCAUGGCAUGGCAUGCUGCUCACCUGCGCCUCAUCCUGUCCAUCAUGGCAUGGCAUGCUGCUCACCUGCGCCUCAUCCUGUCCAUCAUGGCAUGGCAUGCUGCUCACCUGCGCCUCAUCCUGUCCAUCAUGGCAUGGCAUGCUGCUCACCUGCGCCUCAUCCUGUCCAUCAUGGCAUGGCAUGCUGCUCACCUGCGCCUCAUCCUGUCCAUCAUGGCAUGGCAUGCUGCUCACCUGCGCCUCAUCCUGUCCAUCAUGGCAUGGCAUGCUGCUCACCUGCGCCUCAUCCUGUCCAUCAUGGCAUGGCAUGCUGCUCACCUGCGCCUCAUCCUGUCCAUCAUGGCAUGGCAUGCUGCUCACCUGCGCCUCAUCCUGUCCAUCAUGGCAUGGCAUGCUGCUCACCUGCGCCUCAUCCUGUCCAUCAUGGCAUGGCAUGCUGCUCACCUGCGCCUCAUCCUGUCCAUCAUGGCAUGGCAUGCUGCUCACCUGCGCCUCAUCCUGUCCAUCAUGGCAUGGCAUGCUGCUCACCUGCGCCUCAUCCUGUCCAUCACGGCAUGGCAUGCUGCUCACCUGCGCCUCAUCCUGUCCAUCAUGGCAUGGCAUGCUGCUCACCUGCGCCUCAUCCUGUCCAUCAUGGCAUGGCAUGCUGCUCACCUGCGCCUCCCAGGGCUGCAACCAAGCAACGCGCAGUCGCUGGCAUGGCGCGAAUCGCGGCACGCACCUCUGGCCCUCUCGCCCAUGCGGCAAACGCGGAGAGGGCGGUGGGCUGUUGGCGCGGCGAAGGGGGGAAAGACGGAGGGGACAGGGGCGGAGGGGGCAGGCGCGGAGGGGGCAGAGUCGUCGACGGCGUUGACAGCCGUGGAGGCGCAGCCGCUCGAGAGGCGACCAGAUAACUGGGUGAGUCCGGCGCUGCUGCAGGAGAUGGGCGAGGAGGACCGCACGCCGAUUCAGAAGUGGCUGAACCCGGGGCAGGACGAGCUACCGGACGACGUGCCCAUGAGCAUCUGGGACCACCUGGAGGAGCUGCGCGAGCGCGUGCUCGUGUCCGUGGGCGCCGUGGGCGCCGCCAUCCUGCUGUGCUUCUUCUUCAGCCGCGACCUCGUCGUGUUCCUCGAGGCCCCUGUGUACGCCCAGGGCGUGCGCUUCCUGCAGCUCUCGCCGGGGGAAUACUUCUUCACCACGCUCAAGGUGGCGGGGUACUGCGGGCUGCUGCUGGGCGGCCCGGUGAUUUUGUACGAGAUAAUAGCGUUUGUGGUGCCAGGGCUCACAGCCAGCGAGCGCCGCUUCCUGGCGCCGAUAGUGUUUGGGUCGUCGGUGCUCUUCUACGCGGGCAUCGCGUUCAGCUACGUUGUGCUGACGCCCGCCGCGCUCAACUUCUUCAUCUCAUACGCGGAGGGCGUGGUGGAGUCGCUGUGGUCCAUCGACCAGUACUUCGAGUUCGUGCUGCUCCUCAUGUUCUCCACCGGCCUCUCCUUCCAGGUGCCGGUGAUUCAGCUGCUGCUGGGGCAGCUGGGGCUGGUGACGGCGGAUCAGAUGCUGGGCAUCUGGCGCUACGUGGUGGUGGGGGGCGUCACAGCCGCCGCCGUGCUCACGCCCUCCACCGACCCGCUCACGCAGUGCCUGCUGGCGGGGCCCCUCAUCGGCCUCUACAUGGGCGGUGCCUACCUCGUCAAGUUGCUCGAAGGCUCCAAGUCCACCGCCUAG